AUGGACUCCCCAAUGAAGAAGCGAGUUGGCUCCACAGGGACAGCUCCUGACGGGGGCUAUGCCUGGUUCGUCCUGCUCUCCUGCUUCAUCGUGUUCGGCCUCACAUUCGGAGUCAUCAAGUCUUUUGGAGUGUUCUUUGUGGAGAUCCACGAUCACUACGACACCACGGCCACAACUGUGUCCUGGGUCACAUCCAUUGCUGUGGCGACUGUCCAUGUUGCAGCUCCAUUAGCCUCUGUGCUGAGUGCUCGCUUCGGCCAUCGACCUGUAGUCAUGGCCGGUGGACUCAUCUGCAGCCUCGCCAUGAUAACUGGGUCAUUUUCCAGAAAUCUCUUCGAACUCUAUUUGACUGUGGGCUUCUUCAACGGUUUGGGUUAUGCUUUAACUUGGACCCCGACCGUGACCAUGGUGGGCUUGUACUUUGACCGCAAGCGCCCCGUAGCCAACGCUCUCUCCAGCGCAGGAGAAUGCAUCUUCACGUUUGUCUUCACCCCUCUGUCCCAGUGGCUCAUUGACAGCUACUCUUGGAGGGGAGCGAUGCUUAUCCUGGGCGGUCUGCAGCUCAACCUGUGCGUGUGCGGGGCCAUGCUUCGCCGUUUGAAAACCAGCCAAGACUGCAGUCGCCCGAACGAGGUUGAAGCUGUUGAAAGAGAAAGAAUGCUGCAAAACAAUUCCCAAAUCUUCGCCGCACUGGGUUUCUUUGCUCCGUCUUUGUUCCUGGUGCCAUACGCCCGCAGUAGAGGAGUUCAGGACUAUCAGUCGACAGCACUCAUGUCCAUAUCGGCAGCUCUAGACCUCGCUGGAAGAGUGACUUUCGGCUGGGUGGCAAACAUGAGGAUCAUAAAAACGGUGCACCAGUUGAUAGUCACGGUCAUUCUUCUGGGUGUUAUCCUCGUCUUGUGUCCUCUCGCCUCCUCUUUCUCCGAGCUGGCCCUCUUCAGCAGUGCCUUCGGCCUGGUGUUCGGAGCCACCGUGGCCGUCCACAUCACCGUCCUGGCAGAAGUGGUUGGAGUGCAGAGACUGGGCAGUGCACUGGGGUUCUUCAUGCUCCUACGUAGUUCCGGUGGGCUCCUGGGACCGCCCAUCGCUGGGUUCUUCAUUGACCAGAUGGGGGACUAUGGAGCAGGGUUUCUGAUGGCAGGAGCAGCUCUCCUCAUAUCUGUUCUCUUUUUGAUUCUUCUGGAGCUGCUGAACCACACGCGGCGAAAGGCUGUCUCUAACACACCAUGCGAACUCAAUGGGAGGAUUACACAAAGUCACGAAGCUGAAGAAGCACAGGAUGCCAGAACAUGA